AUGACUGCUGCGGAGCCAGAGAGUGGACGACUGCCUCAAGGCGUCAAGCCUGUGCACUACAGCGUUCAGCUUCACCACCUCAAUCUGGCUGGAGAUGACUGGACAUACAAGGGAAGCGUUGAAAUUGACCUCAAUGUCAAGGAAGCAACGAACAGGAUCGUGCUCAAUGCCUACGAGCUGCGCAAUGUGUCCGCCAGUCUUUCAAGCGCUUGCAAAGCUGCAGUUGAAUCAAUUUCAAUCGACGAAGAUGUCCAGCGGCUCAAUAUCUUUCUGGACAGGGAGCUCGCGAUAGCUGAUUCCGGGACACGCUUGACCCUGACCUAUGAAGCUACCAUCGAUGACCAUUUGACAGGCUUCUACCGAUCUCAAGAGGCCGGUGGUCCAGAGGACGGUGCUCAAGACUAUGUGCUCACCACCCAGUUCCAACCAUCAGAUGCACGCAGUGCCUUCCCUUGCUGGGACGAGCCCGAGUUCAAGGCGACCUUCGAUCUAUCCAUCGAAGUGCCGAAUGACCUUACCGUCCUCAGUAAUAUGCCCAAAAAGGCAUCAGGACCAAGCACCCAUGAUGCCAAUCGUAAAGUGGUCGCAUUUGAGAGAACGCCUGUCAUGAGCACCUACCUCCUAGCCUGGGGUAUAGGAAAGCUCGAAUGCAUGGAGACAAUCAUUGCUCGAAAUUUCAGCGACGCCCCUCUGCCAAUCAGAGUAUGGGCUCCUCCAUCUUCGUUGCAGCAUGGAAAGUUCGCCUUGGAGUUUGCAGGACAAGUCAUUACUUACUUCUCAAAGAUUUUCGGCAUCGACUACCCUCUCCCCAAACUCGACCUCUUGGCAGUGACAGAAAUGUCGGAUGACGCUAUGGAGAACUGGGGUCUGGUCAUCUUUCGAUCAACAGCUCUCUUACUUGACGAGGCAGCAACGAGUUUGGAAGCGCGUACACGAGUCGCUUACAUUAUUGCUCAUGAGCUGGCUCAUCAAUGGUUCGGCAACCUUGUCACUAUGACAUGGUGGGAUGAGCUGUGGCUCAACGAAGGCUUCGCAACGUGGGCAGGCUGGGAUGCGUGUGACCUCCUCUAUCCAGAAUGGGACGUGUGGGGCCAAUUCGUGGCGGAUGACAUGCAAGAAGCGUUAGACUUGGAUGCUCUGCCGUCGAGUCAUCCUGUACAGGUACCGGUGUUUGAUGGCUUGGAAGUGGAUUCCAUCUUCGACUCCAUCUCAUAUCUCAAAGGAGCCUCAAUUGUUCGUAUGCUGAUCGGCUAUCUUGGCCGCGAAAUCUUCUUACGAGGAGUCUCGGAUUACCUCUCGGCCAAUGUGUAUCAGAGUGCCACUGGCGAGAGUCUCUGGUCGGCCCUGAAGAAGGCUUCUGGAAAGGAUGUCGCAUCACUGGUCGAAACCUGGAUCACGACCAUGGGCUUUCCAGUAGUUUCGGCGCAAGAGAUCGACACCGAAAUACUUUCUGUCAAACAGGUGCCCGCUGUGGCCCAAACCGAGAAUACGAUCUGGACCAUUCCUCUCACGCUGCAGUCUACGAAUGGAACAACAAGCAAGGCACUCUUAGAAAGUCCCUCCAGCCAAUUUGGCAUCGACGGAGCUCUGAUGAAGCUGAAUGUAGAGCAGCAAGGAUUCUAUCGAUCUCAAAUCAAUGUUCAAGCAUUGCUUGAUCCCAGCAUCUCGCUCACGAGCCUGUCUACACGAGACAAAGCAGGCUUACUGGGCGACGCAAUGGCUCUAGCCUUCAAUGGCCUCGGCACUCCAACCUCCACAGUGCUAGACCUCAUAAAGAAGAUGAGCAACGAAGCAGAUUUCGUCGUCUGGACCAGCAUCCUUUCCUGCGUAGACAAAAUCUCCUCAACAUUCUCCACAGACGAAGAAAUCAGCGACGGCCUCAAAGAAUUCGAACUCAAUCUCGUAUCCUCCAAAGCCCAUUCCCUCGGCUGGUCCCCCAAUCCCCACGAAACAUACAGUACGCAGCGUCUAAGACCUUUACUCCUCACCACCGCCGGCCUCAACGGCGACGAAAAAACCAUUCAAAAAGCAACCGAAUUCUUCACCUCCAUAAAACGAGGCCACAACCCCUCCCUCCACCCCUCCCUCCUCGACCCCGUCUUCCAAAUCGUCGUCUCAACCCUCGGCCUCGACGCAACAUCCUACCUCAUGAACCUCUACCCCAAAACCCCUUCCCCGCACGAACGCGAAUCAAUCGCCAAAGCCCUCGCCCAAAUCACCUCCUCAAGCGAAGCAAUGCAAUGUCUCCACUCCACCUUCUCAUCCCCCAUGACACCCCAAGACCUGGAAACCUUGGCGGUAGAAAUGGCCGAGAAUCCCGCCGUGGCGGGCGUCGUGUGGACGUUCAUGAAAAACGAAUGGGAAUUGGUUUGCGAGCGUCUCGAGGGGUCGAUGGCGAUUUUCGAGCCUUUUGUCAGAAGGUGUUUGCAGACGUUGAGUUCGAGGGAGGAGGGGAGAGAAAUCGAGGGGUUUUUUGAGGGGAAGGAUACGUUGGGAUAUCGGAGGGGGGUGGAUGUUGCUUUGGAUUUUGUCCGGGCGAAUGCGAGGUUUCGAGAGAGGGAGAGGGGCGUUGUGGGGGAGUGGUUGAGGGGGAAUGGGUUUGUUGCGAGGACGCCGCGGACUGGUUCGGAUUGGGAAUGA